GUUCAGGGUCAGAAUGGAUGGAGAGUGACUUACACUUCUACUCAGAUCUGUGCCUUAAAAGGAUCAACAGUCGACAUGAGCUGCACCUACACAUACCCAUACUGGAUCGAUAGUCGUUUAACUAAAAUGAAGGAAAAAUUUUGGUUUAUUAAUGGAGACAUUAAACCUGUAGAUCUGAAAACAGAGUCAGAGUACAAAGAUCGUGUACUUUUAUAUGACUAUGGGGGCUACUACUCUUCUGUGAGAAUCUCAGACCUGAGACAGAGCGACUCAGCUCAGUACCAGUUCAGGUUUAUAACAAACCAACCUGGUGGACGUUAUACUGGUUCACCUGGAGUCACUCUGACUGUCACAGAUCUCCACGUCCAUGUGACCAGUUCAUCAUCCUGCAGGAAUUCAAACUGUGUCCAAGUAGAGCUGAGGUGUCACAGCAGCUGUCGUCUACCUGACAAUUACAAAUACACCUGGUUCAAGAAUGGACAGGAGAUUCAGAGUGAAACAUCAUCUUCUUAUUCCACCUCUUUUUCCUCUGAAGAUACCGUUUCCUGUGCUGUUAAAGGUUAUGAGAUGUUCUCCUCUCCUCCAGUGUAUCCUCCCAGACUUCCCUCUGUGUCCGUGAGUCCGUCUGGUCAGAUAGUUCAGGGCAGUUCAGUGACUCUGACCUGUACCAGUGAUGCAAACCCACCUGUUACUAAAUACACCUGGUACAAGGAGGAUGAAGACUCACCAAAAGCAUCAGGACAGAACUUCACCAUCACUGACUUCAGAUCUGAACACAGUGGGAAUUAUUACUGUGAAGCCCAGAACAGCAGAGGACGACAGAACUCCACCUCACAUCUGAUUGUUGUAUCAUCCAAAUGGAAAUCAGUAGCAGCUGGAGUGACUGUUGCCAUUCUCCUUCCCAUAAUCCUCAUCUCUGUCUUCAUAUUAGUCAGAAGAUGGAGGGCUUUGAAAACAUCAUCUGAACCUGAAGACAGAGCGGACAACAGCCAACAGUGUCCACCUAAUCACAGACACCCAGAGGAGCAGGACAACCUUCAUUACGCCACCGUCAACUUCUCUCAGAACAAGGAGGAUCCAGUUUACUCCAACACUGGACCAGCUCGGUGCCCAAGACACAAGAAGGAACCAACAUUUACUGAGUACUCUGCUCUCCCAUUUCAUAACAACAGCAAAAAGCAGAGAGACAGAGUUCAGGAAACUGCCGAGGAUUCAGCUGUAUUGUACAGCACAGUCAACCAAACCAAAAGGCCAAGGACCUCGGCUCCAAAGUGA